AUCUCGGGGGCGAGCAGCGAGUUCUUUCACAGAGAAGCAGCAGUGAGUGUGUGAGAUCUCUAUCAGAUCUGCGGGAGCAGCAGUGAGUGUGUGUGAGAUCUCCAUCAGAUCUGCGGGAGCAGCAGUGAAUGCGUAGAUCUGCGGGAGCAGCAGUGAAUGUGUGUGAGAUCUCUAUCAGAUCUGCGGGAGCAGCAGUGAAUGUGUGAGAUCUGCGGGAGCAGCAGUGAAUGUGUGAGAUCUGCGGGAGCAGCAGUGAAUGCGUAGAUCUGCGGGAGCAGCAGUGAAUGUGUGAGAUCUGCGGGAGCAGCAGCAGCAGCAGCGGACGCAUGGCGGGGGCGCAGCCGGGGGUUCACGCGCUCCAGCUCAAACGCGUGUCGGUGACCGAGAGCUUGAGGACCGGCGACAAAUUCAUUAAAUGGGACGAUGACUGCACCACAGUUACGCCGGUGACGUUGCGUGUGGAUCCGCAGGGCUACUUCUUGUACUGGACCGAUCAGAAUAAGGAGACCGACCUGUUAGACGUGUCGCUCAUCAAGGAUACGAGAAAUGGGAGAUUUGCCAAGAUGCCAAAGGAGGCCAAGCAGCGAGAGCUUCUGGAUGUGGGGACUCUGGAGGGGAGGCUGGAGAACCGGACACUCACAGUGGUCAGCGGUGCAGACAUGGUCAACAUCACCUGCCUGAACUUUACAGCCUUCAGUGAAGAGGUGGCCAAGGAGUGGGCCGAAGAGCUUUUCAGCUUGGCGUUGAACCUGCUGGCUCAGAACAUGUCCAGAGAAUCCUGUCUGGAGAAAGUGUACACCAGACUGACGCUACAGCUGACGGCCGAGGGUGGGAUUCCUGUGAAAAAUAUCUUCCGUCUGUUCUCGGCCGACAGACGGCGGGUUGAAAACUCUCUGGAGGUCUGCGGCCUGCCGACGGGACGAAAUGACACCGUUCCUCAGGAUACAUUUACACCUGACGUAUACCGACAGCUCCUGAACAACAUUUGUCCGCGAAACGACAUUGAUACGAUCUUCUCAGAAAUCGGCGCUAAGAUCCGGCCGUACCUCACCGUAGAGCAGAUGACAGAUUUCCUGAACAACAGACAGAGAGACCCUCGUCUGAAUGAGAUCCUGUACCCGCCACUCAAAGCCGAGCAAGUGCAGGGAUUGGUGGAGAAAUACGAGCCUGACACCAUGCUUUCACGAAGAGGGCAGAUCUCGGUGGAGGGCUUCGGCAGAUAUCUGAGCGGAGAAGAGAACAGUAUCAUCCCUCCAGAGAAGCUGGACCAGAGUGAAGACAUGACGCUGCCGCUCUCGCAUUACUUCAUCAACUCCUCGCACAACACCUACCUCACAGGUCAGCCAAUCAGACGCCUCGCACAACACCUACCUCACAGGUCAGCCAAUCAGACGCCUCGCACAACACCUACCUCACAGGUCAGCCAAUCAGACGCCUCGCACAACACCUACCUCACAGCGGGUCAGCUGGCGGGAAACUCGUCUGUGGAGAUGUACCGGCAGGUUCUGCUCUCCGGCUGUCGCUGUAUAGAGCUGGACUGCUGGAAGGGACGCACCGCCGACGAGGAGCCCAUCAUUACACACGGCUUCACCAUGACCUCAGAGAUCUGCUUCAAGGAGGUGAUCGAGGCCAUCGCAGAGAGCGCCUUCAAGACGUCUCCGUUCCCAGUCAUCCUGUCCUUUGAGAACCAUGUGGACUCUCCCAAACAGCAGGCGAAGAUGGCCGAGUAUUGCCGAUCAAUAUUUGGAGACGCAUUGCUCACAGACCCACUGGAGAAAUACACCUUGGAGGCCGGUGUUCCUCUGCCCAGCCCCGUGGACCUGAUGGGCAAAAUCCUCAUCAAGAACAAGAAGAAUUCCCACAAAGCCGACGGCAGCACCAAGAAGAAGCUCUCCGAGCAAACGUCCAUCACCUGCAGUGAUACGUCCAGUCUGUGCGAGCCCUCGUCUCCCAGCGCAGGAUCCACACAUCAGGAGACGCCAGACAGCGCUCACGCAGACGGGAACGAGAGAGGCCAAAGGAGGUUGCAGGGAAUGAAGUCCAUUGAUAAAACGACUGGGUCACUAUUAAUUAACGCUUGUCUGGCCGAUGACAAAGGGGAAGCAGACGCAGAGAGUGAUGCGGAGGAAGAUAACGAUGAAAGUAAGAAGUCCAUGGAUGAGGGGACGGUAAAUGAAGCCUUCGCCACAGAGGAGAUGUCCAACUUAGUCAACUACAUUCAGCCUGUUAAAUUCAACUCCUUCGAGGCGUGCAAAAAAAUCGAUCGAAGUUAUGAAAUGUCAUCGUUUGUGGAGACCAAAGCGCUGGAGCUGCUCAAAGAAUCGCCCGUGGAGUUCGUCGAGUAUAAUAAACUGCAGCUGAGCAGAAUUUAUCCCAAAGGAACUCGAGUGGACUCCUCGAACUACAUGCCUCAGGUCUUCUGGAACGCCGGAUGUCAGCUGGUCGCUCUGAACUUCCAGACCAUAGAUCUGCCCAUGCAGCUGAAUCUGGGCAUCUUUGAGUACAACGGGAAGUGCGGCUACAGACUGAAGCCAGAGUUCAUGCGACGGACGGACAAACAGUUUGACCCGUUCACUCAGAAUACAGUCGACGGGAUCGUAGCGCACACGCUGUCUGUGAAGAUCAUAUCCGGCCAGUUUCUGUCCGAUAAGAGAGUCGGUGUUUACGUGGAGGUGGAAAUGUUCGGCCUGCCGGUGGACACCAAACGGAAAGCGUUUAAGACCAAGACGUCUCAAAGCAAUGCCGUCAAUCCGGUGUGGGAUGAAGAUCCAGUGGUCUUCAAAAGAGUGGUUCUUCCCACGCUGGCAUCAUUGAGGAUAGCUGUGUACGAAGAGAACGGGAAGUUUAUCGGCCAUCGCAUCAUCCCAGUGUGUGCCAUCCGACCCGGAUAUCAUUACAUCAGUCUGAGGAACGAGAAGAACCAGACGCUGACGCUUCCGUCCGUCUUCAUCUACACUGAGGUCAAGGACUACGUCCCAGACACCUUUGCAGACGUGAUCGAGGCCCUGUCCAAUCCCAUCCUGUACAUCAGUCUGAUGGAGCAGAGAGCCAAUCAGCUGGCGGCUCUGACACAAGAGGAGGGAGCGCAGGAGACCGACAGAGAAGAGGUCAGUGGCGGUGGAGAUCCUGUGUCAGAGGUCAAGACUGACCCUAAACCCGCCGCAGAGAACGGGCUGAACCACGACAGCAUCUCGCCCAAAUCCUCCGUGGUCAGUCACCAGACGUCAUCCUCAGGGUCCGUCAAACCUGCUGUGAAGUCUGAGGAUGUGGUCCAGAGUGUUUUAACAGAGGUGGACGCUCAGACUGUAGAUGAACUGAAACAGAUGAAGGGUUAUUUGAGGGAGCAGAAGAGGCAGUACAAAGAACUAAAGGAGCUCAUGAGGAAACACAACAAGAAAACGAACGAGCUGAUCAACGAACACGCGUCCAGACAGAAGCAGCUGCGCAGGUCUGUGCAGAAGAGGAUCGUGUCGGAUCAGGAUCAGGAUCAGGAUCUGCUGGAGCAGGAGAGGUGUGAGAAACUGAAGGAGCAGCAGCAGCGGCAGCUCCUCACGCUCAGACAGGAGCAGUUCUACAGCGAGAAGUACCUCAAACGAGAGCACGUCAAACUGCUUGUUGAGAAGUUGACGACUGUGGCAGAAGAGUGUCAGAAUAACCAGCUGAAGAAACUGAAGGAUCUGUGUGAGAAAGAAAACAAAGACUUGAAGAAAAGGAUGGACAAGAGACGACAAGAGAAGUUUCAAGAAGCCCGAACGCUGGAGAAGACUCUGACUGAGGAGAAAAAGAUGGAGAUGAACAGAUCACACGUGAACGAGGUGGUGCAGUCCAUCAAACGGCUGGAAGAAGCUCAGGACAAACGACUGGAGAGAUUGCUGGAAAAACAUAAAGAUAUUCGACAGCAAAUCCUGGACGACAAAGCAAAGCUUCAGAGCGAGCUGGACCAGGAGUAUCAGGACAAGUUUCGGAGGCUCCCAGCAGAAAUCCAAGAGUUCGUGCAGGACUCUGCUGCUUGUAAAGGCAAGUUCAGCCAAGACAGUGACUUUCUUCCCAUUUCCAGAACGCCAGGGAAGCUGAAGCCCUCGCUCUCGCCAGCUGAAGAUGUGGAGCGAUCUUCAGAGAAAGUCUUCGACACGCCACUCUGAGCUUGUUGUACCUUUGUAAACACGUUUUUGUACUUCAUACGCUGUUGAGUUUCCCUGAUUUAAUGUGCACCUUUUAGUACGACGACUGGAUGACUUACUAGAACAAUGUUAAAAAUAUUAUUUUUUUCUUACUUUUAAAACUCACAAGAACUCGCUGCUUAUGUGGAUUUAAAUAUGUGUUUAGAUGGACUCUUGUGUAUGUUUAGAUGAGUCUUACUGUCACUUAAUGAUUCUGAACAGCUCUUUUAAUAUGAAAUUUAGGCUCUACUUAGGUCACAUAUGUUGUCAUGAACCAUUCUGCCACAAUUUAGACUGUAUGAAUGCAUUAUAUAUAAAUAUGCUGUAUAUAGCAACACAUGGAUAUGAAACAUAAAGGCAUCAAGUGAUUAAUUGGCGUGCAUGUUAUUGUACAAAUAUGUGAUGUGGAAGGAAAACAUUCUUUUACUACAAGUAUAUGAAGAUUUACAGUUACAUUUAUGCAUUUGGCAGACUUACACUGAUCAGUUCAUUCAUUCCCUGGGAAUCGAACCCACGACCUUAACUUUACUAGCGCUCGAUGCACUGUUGGAACUGCAGGAUGAUGUUUAAUAAAGAUUCUUUUGUGCCACAAAGAGGAAUAUUUGACCACAAACACACUGUGGGAAAACGUUUAUGGCCCAAAGCAAACCAUAACUGACCAGAGUCACGACUAGACCAAAGUUUUCAAAUGAAGAUGAACUUUCAAGUCAACAAGACGCUGUCAUUAAUGUGAUGAAUGUGUUAACCGGUGGAAGAAGUGAACAUGUGUGUGAGACAGACUCGACGCUGACAGUUUCUGAGCUUCUUUAUCCAUGUUUAGGAGACCACACUAAACCGCACUAGUGCCACACACAUGCACAGCAUCUCGAGGCUCUGAACACCUUUACCUUCUCUAAUGCAUCAUGUGUACAUGGGUCAUUGUAAAAGAACAGUCUGUGGUUGUCUAGUGCACUAAUGAGUGAAGCUUGUGACUGGCAGUAUUCCAGAGAACAGUUAGUCAUAGAGACAGCUUCACACGCUUUUCACCUGAAGUUUCUCCUCGCUGAUGUAGAUGUCAAGUGUAAGCGGGUUAUAAAUGCCUGUGUAUGAAAUAAAUGUUGCUUCUGUC